AUGCUUUGUACUAUUAUUUCCGCCAACAACAUCUAUGGCUGCUACAGGGCAAGUGAUGCUGAUGUGGAUUGUUUCCUAAAAACCCAUAAAAAUGACCUGAUUUGGUACAAUAAACUGGAAGAUGUAGAGUGCAAUCUCAUAUUUCAACUAAAAUCCACCGCCACUAUCAAGAAUCUCAAAAUUCACAAUAUAUCAAGCAACGAAGUUUUGCCCAAAAGCAUAUACAAUGGUAUCUCAUAUAUGACACUGAGAUAUGAUGUGUUAUUUGGAUAUAGCAAGUUAAUACCGGAAAUUGUUGGAAAUUUUGACAUUAAAAAAUCCCUGGAUAUGCCAAAAAUACAAACUGACCUAUCUCCUCCCUACCUAGUAGUACAUAUAGCAGACGUCGUUACAUAUUGUUUGUAUACUGAAAGCGAAUGUAAAUUUAUGGGCGAUUCACCCAUUGGUAUCAAAUUUAUCAGGAACCUUAUCGACUAUGAUACUCUAAAUAUCGAUAAAAUGUUGAACAUAGGUGAUAAUUCUACCGUUGAUUUCCUGAUAUCGGAUAUAUACAAGGAUGGUUAUGAUUCAGUAGGUCUGCCAAAAAAUUGCAUAGCAGCAUCACUAGCAAAGGCAAGCUGCGCCGAAUAUUGUGCAAAGGAAGAUCUGUUCAAAAGUUUGAUAAUUGCAUUCGCCUUUGACAUAACCCACCAUGCAAUCAUUUACGCCCAAAUGAAUGGUCUAGAUACCAUAGCAUAUUUAGGUGAUUUGGUAAAUGUUGAAAAUGUGUGUAAAAUAAUACACUUUGCUGCAAUGUUUAGGUCUUCCAUGGGUGUAAAUUCUGCGUUUUUCAAAUACCCGCAAUACAUCGCACCCCUAGGCAUGGCAGAAAUUGGUGAGACUAACUGA